AUGGCGGCGAGGGUUGGCCGUAGGUUUGUGUCUCUGCUGACUCUACUGUCGCUCGCCAUCUCCGGCUCUGCACUGCCUCUGGAGAAUGAACCCGAGCAGAUCGUCUUCCAAAGCAACGCGCGCGCCUCACUUCCCGUCUCCGGCCCGACCAAGUCGUUCUGGACUCAUGGCAGGGCGGAUGCUAACCCUCUCGCCGCUGAAGGCAGCGAAGGACCUCUGACUGCUGAGGCUGAUGUCUGCAUCAUUGGGAGCGGUAUUGCUGGGACGUCUGUCGCGUAUCAUCUGUCCAACUUGGUGAAGACUGCAACUGCGAGGGUCGGUGCGGAUUCUAUCGGCACUCCCGUCAGCGCUGUUAUCUUGGAGGCGAGAGACUUUUGUUCCGGUGCUACGGGGAGGAACGGUGGACACCUCACCCCCUACAGCUUCUUCCACUUCCAUAAGAACACGGAGCUCUGGGGCAAAGACGAGGCUAUCCGCGCCGUAGACAUUGAGCGCCAUGUCUUCAGUGAGAUUGGGAACUUCAUCACUGAACACGACGUGGCAAAGAAGGUCGACUUCAACCCUAGCGGAAGACUCACGAUGUUCUACACGCAAGAUCUCUAUGAUGAGGGCAAACUUGACUAUGACGAAGCAGUGGCCGCUGGCGUCAACGUAUCUGCAGACGCAUGGUUCACGAAGGAACAGACCAAAGAGAAUUAUGGCGCCUCUUAUCCUGCCGCACUCACACCGGGGAGCAAUGUAUGGCCUCUGAAACUUGUCACUCAGUUCUACCACGUCGCAAAAGAAGCCUCUCCCGCCUACAACCUCACCCUCCAUACUCGCACGCCCGUUACCGCGUUCAAGGCGGCGUCAAAACACUCCUCCCGCAAAUGGUCACUGGAGACUCCUCGAGGGUCUGUCGACUGUUCUUACGUCGUGCACGCUACCAACGCGUAUACGAGCCAUCUUCUACCGCAAUUUGAGAUCGUCCCUACUCGCGGCCAGAUCAUCGCGGUCAAGGCAAACGCGAGCGUCGAGGAACUCACAGAUACUGCUAUCCUGCUGAAACACCAGUACUGGUUCCCGCGUCCCGUGUCUGAUCCUUCAGAGGCGCCUCUCAUCAUCAUUGGUGGUGGCCGUGAAGUAUCCGACCCUCCAUACGAACAGUACACGACGGAUGAUUCGGUCGUCAACCCGAAGGUCGGCAAGUAUCUCAGGGACUUCUUACCCGAGGAGUUCCCGGAGAAGUUCGCGGCUGGUCGCGAACCCGAGAUCGAAUGGACCGGUAUCAUGGGCUAUACUCCUACGGAGGAUCCAUAUGUCGGGCCCAUUCAAGACACAGCGGACAUCAAGUAUGAAGGCCAGUACGUUGUAGCCGGGUUUUCCGGACAUGGCAUGCCAAGGGCGUUCGGCGCAGCUGAGGUGAUUGCCCGGAUGGUGGGCGCUGAGCUUGAUGGUUCCGGCGAAUGGGAGGUACCGGAAUGGUUCCCUCACCAUUAUCUGACGACAGCUUAG